AUGGACGUCCACAACCAGCCGCGUCUACCCCCUCCCAAACCGGUUGGAUUUAAUAACAUUCUUAACAACGACAACGCACCUGUUUCAGUCGUUAACGGCCCGCCUCACAUGCGAGACUCGGGCUUCUACUCCAACGCAGACGCCUCCAGUAAGCACACAUCCGCUGCAUCCUUCAACGUGAAUGGUCUUAGCCCAAGUGGCUCCGGCUAUCAAUCCUCGUCGCACGAGAAGACACCAUCUCCGAUUGCCUCCAACAUGAUUCCCAACGGACUUGUCUCGCCAUCGACUACCAACAUGAGCGUUGCCGCAAUGGUAUCCCCUAGUACUCCCAGUAGUCUCGAUCCUCGCCGCGACCGUCCCACGUCGAUCGAGUCCAACGGUCUCGGUCCCAACCCUGGCCCUACGAUGGGCGACACCUUGGCGCCUGGUAUGGCAGCAAUGAGAAGGGAGAGUGUUGACAGCCGUAUUAACCAAAACUUUGGCGACUUGCGCCUGGGAGGCUCUCCUUAUGCAUCCCACAAUCACUCAACUACCUCGAUACAAAAUACCCUCCAUAAUCAGCGGAACCCUCAUCAUUUAUCAGUCCAUCGCAUCUCAAACGGCUACCAACCCAGUGCGGAUCGAAACCCUGAGGGCAAGACAGUCAAAACCGCGCCGGCCAUCACUGGUCCUGCCACUGGACACAUCGCACGCGCUGCAGAGCCCACCAAAGGUCAAGCAUGGGCGUUUCCCGAAGAAGAGAUUCAGCGAGUCGGUGGCGCCCCCACGUACGCCGACUCGCGGCGUAGUAGUAUCACCGAGUCUAUCGCGAGUAGCCAAUUCACAACAGAGUCUCGCCUACCCCCUGGUCAGAUGAGACUGAAUGAGUCCGAGUACUCUCGCAUGUCCAACGCAUCCGACUUUCCGCCUGUUCACCAUCACUCUAUGCAGCAUAAGCAAUUGAGUGACCUCCAGGCCGAAGAAGCGAAUGGUUCAACGGGCUCGCAACCAUAUAGUCGAACACCCGAAUUGAGAGUCAGCCACAAGCUUGCUGAACGGAAAAGACGAACGGAGAUGAAGGAGCUCUUUGACCAGCUUAGAGAUCUCAUGCCUCAGGAACGAGGCUCGAAGGCCUCCAAGUGGGAAAUUCUAACUAAAGCCAUUGCAGAGCAUCAGAAGCAGCAAGAUAUCAUUCGAGCAUUACAAGAUCAUUACAAGUCUAACACGGCUGAGAACGAGUUGCUUCGCCGAGAUGUCCAUGCGUUACGAAUGGAAAAUCAACAGCUUCGUUCAGAGCUUAACUCUUCCUCUUCGCGCCCUCCAUUAUCCUCAGCAGCAACACCAGCACCACAGGCCGGGACUUAUCAGACGGACCCUUACCCUAACCCGAACCGACCAGAACUACCACCGCUCAGGUCGCUCCGUAAUAGUAUUCCAAAUGGACCGGACUCUAUGACGGGUGUCCAUUAUGACACCUGGAGAGCACACGGCCAGCACCCUUGCGAUUCCAACAAGAACUACAGGACGGGACUCGACUACGAUUGCUGGGUCACCAGCGAUGCUCUGAGCCACAACACCAACGCGCCGUGGCAUUAG